AUGGCUGCAACACAGCUCACCGAGAGCACCGUCACGGUGGAAGGCCAAACCCUCUUCUACCGCCAGGCCCAGCCAGCCCAGCAGGCACCAAAGCUGACAGUGCUAUUGCUGCACGGCAUUCGUUUCUCCUCCGAGACCUGGCUGCAGCUGCAAACGCUUGCCACACUGGCUGAAAAUGGCUACCGAGCUGUGGCUAUCGACCUGCCGGGUCUGGGACGCUCAAAGGAUGCUGUGGCCCCAGCGCAUGUAGGCCAACUAGCACCAGGGUCUUUCCUGAAAGUGGUUUCAGAGGCCCUGAGCCUGGGUCCAGCUGUGGUGAUCAGCCCAUCGCUCAGCGGCAUGUACUCGCUGCCCUUCCUCUUCCAGCACAACCACCUGCUGAAGGCAUAUGUGCCUGUGGCACCCAUUUGCACCGAGAAGUUCACAGCGGAGCAGUAUGCCCAGAUCAAAACCCCCACACUGAUCGUGUAUGGGGACCAGGACGUGGAGCUGGGGCAGACCAGCCUGAACAACUUGCAGCACCUCCCUAAGCACCAGGUGCUGGUGCUGAAGGGCGCUGGACAUGCCUGCUACCUGGACAAGCCCAGUGAGUGGCAUCUUGAGCUCCUGGCCUUCCUACAGCAGCUGGAGUGAGUAGGAUGAGCUG